AUGUUUGGUAAGUUGAAGGGCCUCCUCAGUGGCCCGCAGGUGCCAGCGGCUCCUGGGACCACCAGAGAUGCUCCUGACCCAGCUCCAGCUCCAGCCCCAGCUCCAGCCAAGUCUGAUUUUUCUCCUUUCUCAGAAUCAACUCCGGCCCCGGGCCCUGCACCUGCACCUGCUCCUGCUCCUGCUACAGCCCCAGUUCCUGCUCCAGCCCUGGCUCCAGCACCAGGCCCUACAGCAGCUCCAACUAACCCUGAUCAAGCUGGACCUGGAGGGCAAGUCCUACAGGAAGUGGCCCCUUCUCUGCCCCCAGCCAUCGUCAUCAACAAGUACUCAGAUGAGCAGCUCAGAGCCAUCAUCAAACAGAUGAGAGAGAGACUGGAGCUCUACAGGGAGAAAGUGGUUGAUCAGUAUGCGUCCUCCCCUGAGAUCAGCCCUCCUGUCACACCUCUGCUACGCAAAGACUACUACACAAAAGUCAUAGAGGAGAGGAAGAGACAAGCAGAGGAGGAACGGAUAAAGAAGGAGGAAGCUGAGAAAAAGAAGAAAGAGGAGCAGGAGAAGAAAAAGAAGGAGGAAGAGCAGAAGAAGAAGGAGGAAGAGGAGAAAAAGAAAGCAGAGAGUAAAGAUGGGAAAAAAGAGGAGGAGAAGGUAAAUAUGAAGACCAAGAUUAUUGAAGCUGCCUGGCGUUUUUUGGACGUUCUGCUGAAGCCGAUCGAGGACAGGAUGGACGCUGUGCUGGGGAUGACCAUGGACCCUUUCACAGACCGCCGCUACAUUGCCUGGCUGAGCCUGGUGACUCUGGCCUUCAACUACAACUCCUGGUUCGUGACGGUUCGUCUGUGUUUCCCGUACCACAAUGAGAGCGCCAUCCCUUACUGGUUUGCACUAGACUUAGUGGCUGACCUCAUCUACCUCAUAGACUCCAUCAUCUUCCAGCCUCGCAAACAAUUUGUCAAAGGAGGAGACAUCAUAAAAGACAGAGUGAUGACAAAGAAAAACUACAGAGAAACUGAGAGAUUCAAGACAGAUAUGAUGUCCCUCAUGCCAUUCGACUUGCUCUACUUCAAGUUUGGAUUUAAAUCCAUUUUCAGAGCCAAUCGUCUGCUGAAGGCAGAUACAUUUUUUGAGUUCAGUGAUCGUCUCGAGAGCAUCAUGGCCAAGGCUUACAUCUGGAGAGUUAUUCGCACCAUCGGUUAUCUCCUCUUCGUGCUUCACCUCAACGCCUGCUUCUACUACGUGGCCUCAGACUUCCAGGGCAUUGGCCAAACUAAAUGGGUCUACUCUGGCGAAGGCAGCGCGUACCUGCGUUCUUACUACUUUGCUGUCCGCAGUCUGAUCAACAUCGGGGGUCUUAACGAACCCCACACCGUCUUUGAGAUUACCUUUCAGAUGACUAACUUUUUCACGGGCGUCUUUGUGUUCUCCAGUUUGAUCGGACAGAUGAGAGAUGUCAUUGGUGCAGCCACAGCGGGACAGACGUACUUCCGAGCCUCCAUGGACAACACUGUGACCUACAUGGUGGCCAACCACAUCCCCACUAUGGUGCAGAACAGAGUCCGCACCUGGUACACGUACACCUGGGACGCUCAGGGCAUGCUGGAUGAGUCAGAGCUGCUGGACAAGAUGCCUCUGGUGAUGAGAACUGCCAUAGCUGUUGACAUCAACCUGGUGACCUUUCAGAAGAUUGAUCUUUUCAAGGGCUGUGACCAGCAGAUGCUGGUGGACAUGUUGCUGAGGCUCAAGUCCAUCAUCUAUCUACCUGGAGACUUUGUUGUGAAGAAAGGAGACAUUGGUAAAGAGAUGUACAUCAUUAAAAGUGGAGCGGUGCAGGUGGUGGGAGGACCCGACAACAGCAUUGUGUUUGUCACACUGAAGGCUGGCUGUGUGUUUGGAGAAAUCAGUCUGUUGCAGUCUUCCAAAGAUGGAGGAAACAGGCGCACAGCUAAUGUCAAAGCACAUGGCUUCGCUAACCUCUUUGUCCUGGAGAAGAAGGACCUGUUUGACAUCCUUGUCCACUACCCAGAGUCUCAGAAAGUGCUGGCCAGGAAGGGAAAGAAACUAAUGAAGGCCAAGGGUCCGGCAGCAGCUAAAGCAGAAGAGGAUAAGAAGAAAGGCUUGACGCUGUUUAGACCCAAACCAGGGACACCCAAACUGCUGCGUGCUUUUGGAGGAAACAUGAACAGAAAAAUCAUUGACAAAAUGAAGAUGGCUGCUGGUGGCCAGUGA